AUGUCCACAGAUAAUAUAACAGAUGAUAAAGGUACAAUACCAUCAAAUUUUAGGUACUCACCCGUCAACGUGAACAAUAAUAAGGGAGAUAAUGGCUUCCAGGAACAGAAAUUAGCCCCUACUAAUAUGUCGUAUAAAUCUUCCCACCCAUAUGGGCAGACCUCGAUACACAUGCAUGGUGAUUUAAGCAACCAAGGGAAGAAUAUUCCAAACAAGUAUCCAAAUAUCAAACCGGCUAUUAGUAUUAAACCUAAACCGGUUCCGAUCGCUUUGUCAAAACCUAACAAUCAUGUCAUGUCAAAUUUUGAUAUGCACUCGAAGUCCACAUUAAAAAAUGAUAUUUCAUUAAACAUUAACACUUCAAAGAAAUGGGUUCUACCACCUAGGCCACGUCCUGGAAGAAAGCCAACAGCUAAUGCCGAGGAUUCAGGUAAUGACUUGGUGAAUUCCGCAUCUUCUAGUACCUCUUUUAAUUCAAGGCCACAUAAAAAUAAUGGAAAGAAGAAGGUAAAGAUAGGUCAUAAUGAGGCUAUAAAGGUGGAAGAUAGUGAGAUAAGACUUAACGAUGGCCUUCAUGCUUCUAAAGUAGCUAAUAUGAAUACUAAUCCUCUUCAUGUGCCUAAGCCGGCUCAAAAAUCAGACCCUAACCAAGUGGCCGACUUAAAAAUGAGCUAUUUAUCUAAAUUAAAAGAGCAAGAGUUGAUAAGAAAUUACAUCGACGUAAUCAAUAACCAAAUUAACGAACUUAAGUUUGUUCAAAAUGGGGUUAUAACGUUUGAUGCUCUUAAUAGCGACAAUGAAGCCAGGCCACAAAGAAUAAGUCAAUCUAACACUCCUAUUACUAGAAAUAUCAAUCAAAUCAAGCCGGCUAUGUCACAGUACGAGCAAUUAGAAAAAAUUAAUAAUAUAAACGAUUUGAAUAAAUUUUUGGCUUACCUUACAAGAUCUUCGAAUAUUAUUCAUAGUGCUACCAAAAAGUUUAUCGGCGAUAAUGCGACUGAAAGCGGUUUGAAUAAUCAAAUUCAAAACUAUCUUGAUAUACGGGCAACAUACAAACUGAGUAGAAAUCAAGAAUUAAAAGAAAUUGAAAAGGCAAAACACGAGAAACGCCCAAUAAAAGCAGGUAAUAGGAGGAAUAUAAGUACGAAUAGUAUUUUUAUUCCUACAUUAUUAAAGCCUCUAAAUAUCGAGUCACAGGAUGAAAUAGGGGUUAACAUUGUAGAAGAAGACCAAAAUUUUGUAAAUCAGGGAGAAUUCUUAGACAAAUUAAUAAUAAAGGACGAAGGAGAAGAAGAUAUUGUGAGAAGUAACGAAUUAAUACAGGAGCGUGAUGAAAUAGAAAGGUCUAUAACAAAAAAGGGUGUUUCACUAAAAAAGCUGAAGACUUUUACAUGCGGAUUCUGUACAAAUGACGCUUGCUUAUGUUUGGACUCAGAGGUUGAGCUUAACCAGUUCAGAAGAUAG